AUGUCUGCUGCUAAGACUGCUGAACAGCUACAGAAACUCUCCGUGAAAGAACAAAACAUCACACCAUGGGAUGUGGAAGGUGCUGUGGACGAAAAUGGCCGGGCUCAAGAAAUCGACUACGAAAAAUUAGUCAAGCAGUUUGGCACUAGAUCCAUCUCCGAAGAUACGCUGCAAAGGUUUGAGCAAGUCACGGGCCACAAACCUCACCAUUUCCUCCGUAAGGGUCUUUUCUUCAGCGAACGCGAUUUCACCAAGAUCUUGGAUUUGUACGAACAAGGAAAACCAUUUUUCUUGUACACAGGAAGAGGACCAUCGUCUGAUUCAAUGCAUUUGGGCCACAUGGUUCCCUUCCUCUUCACUAAGUGGCUUCAAGAAGUUUUUGACGUACCUUUGGUUAUCGAGUUGACUGAUGACGAGAAGUUCCUAUUCAAGCACAAACUAACAAUCAAGGACGUCAAGGGAUAUGCGCGUCAAAAUGCAAGCGACAUUAUCUCUAUUGGCUUUAACCCGGAAAACACCUUCAUUUUCUCCGAUCUUCAAUAUAUGGGUGGUGGCUUCUACGAAACGGUAGUGAGAACUUCCAGACAAAUUACGGGUUCUACUGCUAAAGCCGUGUUUGGAUUUACGGAUUCCGACUGCAUUGGAAAAUUCCACUUCGCAUCCAUCCAGAUCGCUUCAGCUUUCCCAUCUUCAUACCCUGACGUGCUAGGUCUUCCAGAUAAAACACCAUGCCUUAUUCCGUGCGCUAUUGACCAAGACCCCUAUUUCAGAGUCUGCAGAGAUGUGGCAGAAAAACUCAAGUUCUCAAAACCCUCUUUGCUCCACGCCAAGUUCUUUCCGGCCUUGCAGGGUUCAACCACUAAGAUGAGUGCAUCUGAUGAUACUACUGCCAUUUUCAUGACUGACACUUCAAAACAAAUCCAGAAAAAGAUUAACAAGUAUGCAUUCUCAGGCGGUCAAGUUUCUGCCGAAGAACACAGAAGAUUGGGUGGUAAUCCUGAUGUCGAUGUUGCGUUCCAAUAUUUGAGUUUCUUCAAAGACGACGAUGAGCUGCUAAAGGAUAUCUACAGCAAAUACAAAUCUGGUGAAUUAUUGUCUGGUGAAAUGAAAAAGUUGUGUAUUGAAACACUGCAGGAAUUUGUGCAAGAAUUUCAAGAACGUAGAUCAAAGGUUACAGAUGAGCUUGUUGAUCAAUUCAUGAAGCCACACAAAUUAAUUUGGGGCAAGAAGGAGAGAUUGGUGCCUGUAAAGCCCAAGGAGAAAAAAUGA